AACAAUGAGCACACCAAAUAAAGCGCUAGAACUACAGCUGCAAAUGAAGCAAAAUGCUGAAGAGCUGCAGGAUUUUAUGAGAGAGUUGGAGAGCUGGGAAAAAGAUAUCAAAGAAGUGGAUUCUGAACUAAGGAAACAGAGUGGUGUCCCAGAAGAGAAUUUGCCACCAAUUCGAAACAAGGCUUUUAAGAAAAAGAAGAAAAGCAAAAAUAAAGUCCCUUCAAAGAUAACCACUGAGGAAAACAAGAAAAACAAGAUCAAGUCUUACGAUUAUGAAGCAUGGGGGAAGCUUGAUGUGGAUAAAAUACUUGAAGAACUUGAUAAAGAAGAUAGUACUCAUGAUUCUGUAUCUCCAGAAUCAGACUCUGAAGAAGAUGGAAUUCGUAUAGAUGCAGAAAAGGCUCUUGCAGAGAAGGAGAAGGGUAAUAACUAUUUCAAACAAGGGAACUUUGAUGAAGCUAUAAAAUGCUACACUAGAGGGAUGCAUUCUGAUCCAUACAAUCCAGUAUUGCCCACAAACAGAGCAUCGGCUUUCUAUAGAAUGAAAAAGUUCUCUGUGGCAGAAUCUGACUGCAAUUUAGCACUUGCUUUAGACAAAAAUUACACAAAGGCUUAUGCCAGAAGAGGCGCCGCUCGCUUUGCUUUGAAAAAUCUUCAGGGUGCUAAAGAAGAUUAUGAAAAAGUUUUAGAGCUGGAUGCAAACAACUUUGAAGCAAAAACUGAACUGAAGAAAAUUGAUCAGGCUCUGUCAUCAAGAGAGAGUUCAGAACAGAAAGAGUUUGAAGAUGUGGUCAGACGAGAAUUAACAGGUGAAGAGAAGCAGCGCAUUGAAGACCAGCAGCUCAAGCAGAAGGCUAUUACAGAAAAAGAUCUGGGUAAUGGUUAUUUCAAAGAAGGAAGGUAUGAAGCUGCAAUAGAAUGUUACACCCGUGGUAUAGCAGCAGAUGGCACCAAUGCGCUUCUGCCAGCUAACAGAGCCAUGGCCUAUCUAAAGAUUGAAAAAUAUGAAGAGGCAGAAAAUGACUGUACACAAGCUCUGCUCUUAGAUGCCUCCUAUUCUAAAGCCUUUGCCAGAAGAGGAGCUGCUAGAGUUGCUCUUGGAAAGCUAAAAGAAGCUAUGCAAGAUUUUGAAGCUGUUCUGAAGCUAGAACCUGGAAAUAAACAAGCAAUAAAUGAACUCACUAAAAUAAGGAAUGAAUUGGCGGAGAAAGAACAGUGGACUCAUCAAGAAUAUCCUGCAGUAUUGAUAAAAGAAACGGAAAUAAAAAAUAUAGUGAAAAUGAUUGAUAAUCCAUUACACCUGAAAUCAACAAAGCCUUUGCGAAGAAUAGCCAUUGAAGAAAUUGAUGAUGACACACCAAACAGUGAUUUGCCCAGCACUACUUCUUUAGUCAAUAACUGGAGGAAUUCAAUGAGUGUUGAAACAACAGAGAAUCUAGAUCAGGAUGAUCAGUUGACUACAAUGGACAUUCCAAAAGCAAAGCACUUGAAAAUAGAAGAAAUCAGUGGUACGUCACCAUUACAGCUUUCUGCUAGUGUGAAAGGAGUUUCAUCAACGUUGCAUCCACCUUUCCCUGUGAACAAACAGAGAGAAAAAGAAAUCAAAAGGUCAUUUAGAUCUGCUUCUCCAGUCCCCGCCAUUCCUGCAAAUGCUUUCCAGCUUGAGUCUGACUUCAGGAAGUUGAAAGACUGCCCAGAAAAUAUGUACUUGUACCUGAAGCAAAUAGAGCCUUCGCUUUAUCCAAAACUGUUCCAGAAAUCCUUAGAUCCAGACUUGUUUAACCAGAUACUGAAAAUUCUACAUGAUUUCUACAUCGAGAAAGAGGAGCCAUUGCUCAUCCUUGAAAUCCUCCAGAGGCUAUCUGAAUUAAAAAGAUUUGAUAUGGCAGUAAUGUUUAUGUCAGGCCCAGAGAAAAAAAGUAAUUACACAGGUAUUGUUCAAUCAUGUGAACCACAUGGGAUUGAAAGAUGCUUCUGUUGAAGAAUUGGAGAAGAAAUACGGCAUUUUCUCUUAGUGAGAUGACUGACAUGUAAAUUUCUGUUUCCGCACUACUUUCAUGUGGAAAUCAGCUGAAGAAGCCUAUAAAGACUGGAAUUUUGUUGCUUUUGUAUAAGUGAUGAAACUCUUAAACUUGGUUUAGCCAAAUGGCAAGUGCCUGAAGAGAUAAUUAUCUAGUUCUGCAGGUACAUUUGCUUUCUAGUACCUGAAACAAUACAGAUCUACAUUGUCUUCAGUGGAAUCUGUUUGCCUAAAAAACAAUUGGGCAGAUUGGCAUUCAGGAUUUGGACUGUAGAUAGAGAUCUUUAUAAAAAGGAAAAAAAAGUAUUUAUAAACAUGUCUUUGGUAAGAAUCAAAUGAUGUAUAUUACAAAUGUGCAUGGUUUUUAUUUUAGAAAAUAAACUGAAUGUUGAAUUGAAGAU